AUGACAAAGUCCAAUAUUAAUUCUUUACAUGUGAGUAUGAUUAUAAUUAUGCAACUCUCUCUGGUUGUGAUACUAGGGGCUGCAAUAUUUACAACAAUAGCAGCAGCUCCAGCCCUGCCUCAAGCCCUGCCUGGGUGCAGAGACAAAUGUGGUGAUCUAACAAUUCCUUUCCCAUUUGGCAUAGGUGAUGGCUGCUACCUUCGACCUGAAUUCAACCUCACUUGCGACCAAUCCACCACGCCGCCAUCUGCGAACUUGACGGGCCACACAAUCCGCAUUUCUGACUUUUACCUUGCUGAGGCAGAGUUGCAAGUAAUGACCUUCACAUCCAGAGAUUGUUAUGACACCAAAGGUCUCAGAGUCCACAGGAACACCCCCAUACUCUGGCUGCCUCCUCCUUAUACCAUCUCCAACACCAAGAACAAGUUUGUCGCCAUUGGUUGCGACACAUACGCGCUUUUCCAAGGCUACAGAGGCGAAGAGAGGUUCAUAACCGGGUGCAUGUCCUUAUGUGACAGCCUAGGCAGCGUCGAAUACCAGGACUCUUAUUGCUCCGGCAUUGGUUGCUGCCAAACUUCCAUCCCCAGUGGACUGAAAAACUGUACUGUCCAAUUGAGUAGCUAUUAUAAUCAUACUUUCAUAAUGGACUUCAACCCCUGCAGCUAUGCUUUCAUUGUGGAACAAGGCCAGUUCAAAUUCAACAGUACAAGUUUUCAACAACUCAACAGCAUAAGUCAAAUUCCAAUGGUUAUAAAUUGGGAAAUUGGGGAUGAGACAUGCGAUAUUGCAGCUCAAAAGAGAGAAGAUUUUGUAUGCAAGGCAGAUUAUAGCGAGUGUGUCAACAGGAACACUACCAUCAAUGGGUCUGGUUACAUUUGCCAGUGCUUGCCAGGUUACCAAGGGAAUCCAUACCUCCCACAUGGUUGCCAAGAUUUUGAUGAGUGCAAGGCUUUGAACCCCUGCAGUAUUGGAUCCUGUGAGAACUUAGAUGGAAAUUAUUCUUGUAGAUGUCCCAAAGGGUACAAAAAUGAUGGCACGAAUAAACAGAGUUGCAUCAAAGGCGACCCCAACAAUCUCCUGCUGAUUAUUUCAUUGGGUGUAAGUGGAGGUUUCUUGGUUUUACUGGUUGGAAUUUCACUGAUAUAUUGGCGAAUGCAGAGAAGAAAGUUCACCAAGAUCAAAGAACAAUACUUCAUACAAAAUGGUGGCUUAUUGUUACAAGAAAAACUUGCUAGUCAAGUAGAUUCUGUGGAGACAACAAAAAUCUUUACUGCAGAAGAACUUGAGAAAGCCACAAACAAUUACCAUGAAAGUAGAAUUCUCGGUGAAGGAGGAUACGGAAUAGUUUACAAAGGAAUAUUGCCGGAUAGCAACAGAGUAGUUGCCAUAAAGAAGUCCAAAAUUGGUGUCCCAACACAGAAGGAGCAGUUUGUCAAUGAGUUGAUUGUUCUUUCUCAAAUCAACCAUAGAAAUGUGGUGAGGCUAUUCGGUUGCUGUUUAGAGACAUCAGUGCCUUUACUAGUUUACGAGUUCAUCGCGAAUGGCACUCUUUUCGAGCACAUCCAUCAUAUAAAUGGCAGAGGAUCAUCUUUUUCAUGGGAAUUACGAUUGAAGAUAGCAGCAGAAACUGCAGGAGCAUUAGCAUACUUACACUCCUCUGCUCUCAUGCAGAUCAUACACCGAGAUGUGAAGGCAACAAAUAUACUAUUAGAUGAUAAUUACAUGGCAAAGGUGUCAGACUUCGGAGCUUCACGACUGAUCCCUCUAGAUCAAAAUCAACUAACAACAUUAGUGCAAGGGACAUUUGGAUACUUAGACCCUGAAUACUUCCUUACAAAUCAACUAACGGAAAAGAGUGAUGUCUAUAGUUUUGGAGUAGUCCUUAUGGAGCUCCUAACAAGCAAAGUGGCACUUUCUUUUGCCAGGCCCGAGGAAGAGAGAAACCUAGCAAGUUUCUUCGUUUGUUCAAUGGAUGAAGGUCACUUGUAUCAAAUUCUUGAUGAUGACAUAGCCAACGAGAGAAAUAUUGAGACACUACAAAACGUGGCCGAUCUCGCAAAAAGAUGUGUAAGGUUUAAAGGGGAGGACAGGCCUAGCAUGAAAGAAGUAGCAAUGGAGUUAGAGGGAAUGAGAAUUGCAGCAAAACAUCCAUGGGGAAAAGAUGAUAUCUGUGCAGAAGAAACUGAGUACUUUCUCGGCUCACCUAAUUCAGACACUUAUCUUUUGAAUGUUAGAGCUGAUUGUGGUCCUAGCGGUACCAGUAGUGGAUAUGACAGCAUGCAAAACCAACUGUUGAUGCCAAAUGAUGAUGGCCGAUAA